AUGGCGUCUCUUGUUCAAGUCUGUAGGUAUAAUCCCAAUAAGCCUGCACCGGUUAAAUCGACUUCUCUCCCAUGUAUAUGCCCGUGCCGUAUAUCCACUAGUAAAUCCCUAAUUCUCCCCUCUUUCUCCGAAUAUUCGAGUCUACGACUCGUCCGUGUUGCCAAAGUCAAACCAUUGUUUCGUUCCCGCCUUGGUCGGAUUUCUUUUCAACGGCGUCUCCCCACGGCCGUUGCUCGAGCUGAAUCAGACCAGCUUGGUGACGACAACUCAAAGGGAACCCAUGACUUGCAAAAUGUGGAAGAUACUCAGAAGAAAGCAAGCCAGUUUAAGAAAAGAGUCAUCUUUGGUAUUGGCAUUGGACUACCUGUUGGAGGUGUUGUGUUAGCUGGAGGAUGGGCUUUCACAGUAGCCUUAGCAGCUUCUGUUUUCAUCGGUUCUCGCGAAUAUUUCGAGCUCGUUAGAAGUAGAGGCAUUGCCAAAGGAAUGACACCUCCUCCACUAUAUGUAUCUCGAGUUUGCUCCGUUAUAUGUGCCCUUAUGCCCAUCCUUACACUGUACUUUGGGAACAUUGAUAUAUCGGUGACGUGCGCAGCAUUUGUUGUUGCAAUGGCUUUGCUAGUACAGAGAGGAAACCCUCGUUUUGCUCAGCUGAGUAGUACAAUGUUCGGGUUGUUUUACUGUGGCUAUCUCCCUUGUUUCUGGGUUAAGCUUCGUUGUGGAAUCGGAAGAACAUGGCCAAUUCUGCUUGGUGGUCAAGCUCACUGGACAGUUGGACUUGUGGCAACGUUGAUUUCAUUCAGCGGUGUGAUUGCGACGGACACGUUUGCUUUUCUCGGUGGCAAGGCUUUUGGUAGGACGCCUCUUACUAGUAUUAGUCCCAAAAAGACUUGGGAAGGUACUUUCGCUGGACUUGUUGGUUGUAUUGUCAUCACAAUUCUUCUCUCCAAAUCUCUGUGUUGGCCUCAAUCUCUAUUCAGCUCCAUAGCUUUUGGGUUCCUUAACUUCUUUGGGUCUGUAUUUGGUGAUCUUACUGAAUCAAUGAUCAAACGUGAUGCUGGCGUCAAAGACUCUGGUUCACUCAUCCCUGGACAUGGUGGAAUAUUGGACAGGGUUGAUAGUUACAUUUUCACGGGCGCAUUAGCUUACUCCUUCAUCAAAACAUCUCUUACACUUUACGGAGUUUGA